AUGGGCGCUGUUUCCGCUGUCUUUCUCAUUCUCAUCACUAUCCUUGUCCCGCCCAUCGGUGUCUACGCCGUUGCUGGCUGUGGAAUGGAUCUCCUCGUCAACAUCUUCCUGACGAUCCUCGGAUACCUUCCGGGUCACAUUCACGCAUUCUACGUCGAAUACGUGUACUACGACCGUCGUGAGCAGGCACGGGAGGGCCGCAUAGUAACCGGUCGCGCGCCAGGUGUUUACAGUGAUAGGGUGCAGAGUGGUGGUCAGGGUUACGGCACGAUUGCUCAGCCGACGGCUUAA